AUGUCCGAACGAGUUUUCGCAGUAUUAAAGAAGGAUAUCACUCGAGUCCACCCAAAAGUAGAGAUCCGGCUACUCAAGCUCAAGCCAGGAAAUGCCAAUGAUCCGGUACAAUGUCAAUUGGCCACGGAAAGCCUGGACAAUGGGCCCUUCUACAGUGCACUCUCCUACGUAUGGGGUGAUAUACAGACAGCCCAAGAUCCCCAGAACAGCAUCAUACUCGGAGGACACAACUUCCCAGUGACUAGGAAUCUUUUCCUCGCUCUCAGGCAGUUGCGGCCUUCUCUGGACGGCCUGCCGCUCACUCUCUGGAUCGACGCCGUGUGCAUCAACCAAGUCGAUUUAGACGAGCGCCGCGACCAGGUCAACAUGAUGCGAGACAUCUAUUCGUCAGCGGAGCGGGUUAUUAUCUGGCUUGGCGAAAGCUGCGACGGGAGUGACGCGGCAUUCGAUGCCUUACCAACCAUCAAUGGGGAUGGCACGGGAGACGAUGAGCUCGCCCUCGCCAAAGAGGAUCCUCUGGUUCUCUGCGGGUCCAAGGCCGCGUCCUGGUCCCAGCUUGUCGGAACUUGGAGAGCCAUCGCAAAGAGCAUUUUUACAGAGAUUGGAAUGGUGCGCGUAAAGCCAGCGGAUGUGGAAACCCCAAGUCAAGCUAUGCCCGGCGCGGACGGAGCCCAAAAGUCCGAAGGCAGCGCUCCAAAGGAAAACAAGGAAGGCGGCACGGAAAAGACUGUCGAGGUUCUCGCCAAAGUCAAGAUUGAUGUUCUCGACGACCUCAGAGUCGCAGUCAGGAGCCAAGGCGGUGAUAACUUGAAGCGUCUCCUCCUUAUAUCCGCAACAUCCAGCGCUACCGACCCCCGGGACAAGGUAUAUAGUCUUCUCGGGAUGCUCAAGCCAGCCAGUGAUGAUCCCACGGCGCCACUACCCGUCCCGGUGGACUACCGCAAGCCAACAGCGGAAGUCUACGCUGAUGCAGUCGCACACAUCUUCUCCACUGGCGAGGGCCCGUACUUUUGUCGGGAAUUUUCUACCCGGGAACCUCCUGUCCAGCUCCUCACAUCCCGAGCCUCCGGAGUCGGCGCCGACUGCAAAAACGGCAAGGUGCUCGACGACAAGCGCACGCUGAGGGUGGAAGGUCUCCCAGUUGACCGGAUCGAGCAAGUCAUAGCGCUUCAUGACCUCCUGGACGAAGGAUCCUCGAAGCUUCAAGAAUUGGAGCAGCUCACUACCGCUGCCAUGCAUCGUAAAUGCAGGCUGGAACCCAACGUAGCGCCGCUCGUUGAGAAAUUCAAACAGAGCGAACCUCUUUGGAAGAUACUAGUCUCGAAUAAAAGCUUUCUCUCCGGCUACGACGCCGCCCCUGCAUCCUACCAGGACCAAUACGAGGAAGUAAAGGCUCGACUUCUUCAAAGCCCCGGAAUUGAUGACGGUGAUCAGGGCACAUCUAUAAAUAGCUACGAGAGAUGGCUAAGGCAAAGCAUUACUCGCCAAUCAGUUUUUAUAACUGACUCUGGCUUCGUGGGUACCUGUGUUCCCGACGCUCGAAAGGAUGAUGAGAUUGUGAUUCUAUUCGGGUCGCCUGUGCCGUUUGUUCUCCGCCCGCUAGGAGUUCGGCAAUAUGAGGGUGCCGAUCGCGCGUUCCACGCGCUUGUGGGAGCCUCAUAUACUGGCGGGAUUAUGAAUGGCGAGAUGGUAGACUAUCUUUACUGUGACGAUCUGGCGGACUCGGUUACAUAUCUUAUCGAGUAA